AUGUACUUGCUGAACGUAAACGAUUUAAACACUAUUUCUAGCAUUCAAGAAUAUGUAAAUUAUACGAUUAUCCAACCAUUUUGUCUUGAUCUAGAUGAUAAUUAUAGCGCUCCUCAAGAUAGUUAUAAUGUUACUUUCAAAAGUUUAUUUGAUCAACUUAAAGAACCUGAAAUAAAUUUUACAAAAUUGAUUUGGGGAUUUGAAUUAUGGAUUGAUGAGAAAUAA